UUUCCAUCUGCCUUGGGCAUGCCCGGGCCUACGUGUACUUGCAGCACUGACCUGGGAACUCGGUCUCUGUGCGUUUUAUGUAAUGCCGAGAAGAGAUGCAUGCUGCAUUAUCCCUAUGCGUAUCCAGUCGUUGGAUCAUCUUGCAUCGAGGUACUGUCCACUUGUUUGGAAUAACCAGGUCAGGUGAGACUGAACUGCUUCUAACUACGUGGAUUUGGCCGACUCUCCCAAGCCGAACAACCCCAUGUCUCCAGGUGUCUUUGCA